AUGGGCUUAAUUGAUGCUAUAGCAGAUACAGGGGUGGUACAGAAUGUUGGGAAUGGUAUUGUAUAUGGUUAUGAGAUGACAGACAACAUUGAAGACCCUGCUAGUGAUUUUUUCUAUAAUGGGCCUGAGCAUGAAAAUGAGCCUGAGCAUGGGCAUGAGUCUGUGCAUGAGCCUGAAUCACCAAUGGUUCAGACGCCCCAUUAUUCGGGUACACAUGGUGGAUCAAAUGAUGCAGAUUCGAAUAGCUCUCAUAGGCCAUUUAUCACACGAAAUGGGUUUGGGAGACAAAGUAUUCAUCGGACGAUCUUAAAGAUAUUUUGGCAGUCUAUAAAUGAACCUUGGACUACUUGUAGAAAAAUUCCUAAGGAAGUUGCCAUUCAAAUGUUUGAGAGUUUCAGGACUCAAUACCUGUGGGAUCUAAAUGAAGAAGUGAUAAUUCGUAAAGGUUUUGAGAAUACACUGAAAGAUCGCUAUAGGGUUAGAAUGAGGGAUGCUAGGGAAGUGUGA